AUGCCACCCAUUACUGGUGUGCCGCGGCUAAUCAAAGCUUCAGAGCCACAGAAACACAGCAGCAGGAAGUGUUUGAGCUGUAGCAUCCACAACGACAACGACGACGACGACAACGACAACUACAGCGAGGACAACAGCGGCGGCGAAGACAACACCGAGGACGACAGCGGCGGCGAAGACAACAUCGAGGACGACAGCGACGACAACUACAGCGAGGACAACAGCGGCGACGAAGACAACACCGAGGAUGACAGCGGCGGCGAAGACAACACCGAGGAUGACAGCGACGACAACUACAGCGAGGACAACAGCGGCGGCGAAGACAACACCGAGGACGACAGCGACGACAACUACAGCGAGGACAACAGCGGCGGCGAAGACAACACCGAGGACGACAGCGACGACAACUACAGCGAGGACAACAGCGGCGGCGAAGACAACACCGAGGACGACAGCGACGACAACUACAGCGAGGACGACAGCGGCGACGAAGACAACACCGAGGAUGACAGCGGCGGCGAUGACUACACCGAGGACGACAGCGACGACAACUACAGCGAGGACAACAGCGGCGACGAAGACAACACCGAGGAUGACAGCGGCGGCGAAGACAACACCGAGGAUGACAGCGGCGGCGACGACUACACCGAGGAUGACAGCGGCGGCGAAGACAACACCGAGGACGACAGCGACGACAAAACCAAGGACAACAGUGGCGACGACGACUACAGCAACUACGACAGCGACGAGGAUGACAACGACAGCGACGAGGAUGACAGCGACAACGACGACUACACCGAGGACGACAGCAACGAGGACGACUACACCGAGGACGACAGCGACGACGAAGACAACACCGAGGACGACAGCAACGACGACGACUACACCGAGGACGACAGCAACGACGACGACUACACCAAGGACGACAGCGACGACGACGACUACACCGAGGACGACAGCAACGACGACGACUACACCGAGGACGACAGCGACGACGACGACUACACCGAGGACGACAGCGACGACAACUACAGCGAGGACGAGGACGACAGUGACGACGACUACAGCGACUACGACAGCGGCAAAGACGACAACAUCGAGGACAGCAACAUUGAUGACAACGAUGACGAGGACGACAGUGACAACAACAGCGAGGACGACAGCGUCGAGGAUGACAACGACAGCGACGAGGAUGACAGCGACAACGACGACAACGACGACAACAGCGACAACGACAACAGGGACAACAGCGACGGCGACGACGACGACAGCGACGACAACAGUGGCGCACUUGUCGUAAAGCAUCAGCAGGAAGCUCUGGAGAGGAAGUGACCUCGCAGAUGGACGUGUGAACUGGAGAUGGACGUGUGAACUGGAGAUGGACAGGAGGUGAUGGAGCUCAGGAGACGCAGCGAGGACGUGGACGCUCGAUACGUCCUUCAUUAUUUACAGACAGCUGAAGACGUCUCUGCAGCUCUGUAGGGAUGGACUAACACACCAGAGCUCCGCCCCCCACCACUGUGUCUCCAGAGCUCCGCCCCCUCACUGCAAUGGAGACGAGGAGAUGCAAAGACUAAUCCAGACUGAACCAGACUGAACCAGACUGACUUUCAAAAUAAAAGUCUCUAAAGAAGACUAUUAUUUAUUUUAUUGUUAGAAGAAGACGAGGAUUGAUUUCAGGCAGAAAGGCGUCGUCAGAGGAAACAUUAACAUGGUUUGUUUGUUUGUUUGUUUGUUUGUUAAGUUUUCCAGCAGCUGAAAAACAGACAGAACAAUCCCAGAGAGAGACAGAGAGAGAGAGAGACAGAGAGAGAGAGAGAGACAGACAGAGAGACAACCUUGGCAAUGACGGAGGAAGAAUCGAUUUUUUCCGAUCUUUAUUAAUUCAUCACUUCCUGUUCCCGCGACGCUCGUCUUCAUUUUAUUAUUUUCCUCACUUUCUGUUUUUCUCUGUAAAAAUAUAAAGGUGUGAUUUUUCACCCUC